AUGGUGAGAAUAUUCUUGACUGGGGCCACGGGCUAUAUCGGUGGCCAAGCGUUGCAUUCAAUUGCGUCGUCGUUUCCGGAAUCGCGAGCAGUGAUUUCCUGCCUAGUGCGAGACAAUCAGAAGGCGCGGUGUGUCCGAGAUAGGUAUCCAGAUCAUGUUCAGACAGUGCUUGGCGAUCUAGACGAUGUCGGGCUGCUCGAGGAAGAAAGCCGCCAGGCGGACAUAGUCUUGCAUCUGGCAAGUACAAAUCAUACUAGAAGCGCACAAGCCAUCGCUAAAGGCCUUGCCAGUAAAGGCCCCGGCUCAAAAUCAUACUGGAUCCAGAUGUCAGGAGCUUCACUCUUUGCAAUCCCUGAGAUCAAGGAAGGUCGAUAUGGCGAGCCAUCAGACGAAGUGUAUGAUGAUGUGAAAGACUCUCAAAAGAUCCUCGCCUUCAUUCGAAACAAUCCAUCACGACAGGUGGACAACCUCAUUGUGGCUCAAGAUCCGUCCGUUAUACGAACUGCUUUGAUUGUUGGUCCCUUGAUCUACGGCCAGGGAGCUGGACCUGGGAAUCAAAGGAGCGUCCAGGUACCAGAAAUUGCCCGAGCAACGUUGAAAUACGGCCAGGGAUUCCGUUUGUUGAAUGGUCUCAAUCAAUGGAGCAAUAUCCACAUUCGCGAUCUUGGUGACCUGUUCUUGUUAUUGGCGCAAGCUGCUGUCGAGGGCAAGUCCCAAUUUUGGAACGAACAGGGAAUCUAUCUCCCAGGUCCCGGUGCCAUGGCAUGUAAACCUUCCGCAUGUAUCCGAAGCAAUGUGCUGACUGUGGCUCAGACUUUCGGCGAAGUGUGCCAACGCGUUGCUUCAGCAGCGCAUGAACAACGCUUGCUCAAAAGCCCGAAGGUAGAACUUACGAUCGACGUUGACGAGGCCAACAAAGUGACGUCUCACGGAGCUGUUCUGUGGGGUACCAAUGCCGUGUUUAGAUCAGGCAGAGCACAGCAGACUCUGAGUUGGAAGCCUUCCGCCCCAACAUUGGCAGAAGUAAUACCAGAAACUGUAGCAUCCGAGGCAAAGACAUGGCAAGUGAAAGCAUAA